AUGGGAGCAGGGAGCUAUAAGGCGGCACAUCCCCCCCAUCCCCCUCUCCCUCCCCAUACCCCCCGCAACGACGCAUGGGAGCAGGGAGCUAUGAGACGGCGCAUGCUAGCAGGGUUGAAGGAGGUGGGGCAGGCGGGCAGGGCUCAAGGAAACAUUGAUCUUUUCCGCAUGCAGGGUGCGAUGCGGCGGCAGGUGCUGGCAGUGCUGAAGGGGGGCAAGCAAUGCAUCCUCAUCCCAUCCCCACAUGAUGGUGCUGCUGUGAUCCACAAAUGCAUGGUGAAAGGGGAUGGCAGAGGGCAGACGGUGAGCAGCCGGGAGAAUCAAGUGUGUGGUGCUGGGAGGGCCGUGCAGAGAGGGGAAGAGGGAAGAGGUGCAGGCGGGGCAGGAAGGGUUGGAGGGGCAGGGAGGGCAGGAGGGGAAGGAAGAGCCAGAGGGGUAGGGAGCAGCGGGUACGUGAGUGGUGGGACGCGACUGUGGCAGGAGGGGCAGGUGGAACGGGAGGCAAGUGGUGUGUGA